AGGCAGCACCUUUCUUCUGCGCAACUUUCUCGAGUCAUCAGUGCAGCUGCGUCUCAUCAGUCUCUCAGUUAGUCGACAUUUUCACACAGCGUUGCCUAAACAGACAGCGAACUCAUCUCGUUCUUCUCAGAGAAAUGUCCUCCAUUUUCAAUUCACAGUAAUUAUUUGUAAACCUUCUAACAAAUAGGCAAGUGAUCAAUCAUAAUUUCAGAUGUCCCGUUUAUUAAAUUAGCUGUGCGCUCUUGACGUACAUUCAUGGGUUUCGUGUGCACCAGUUUGUUUCAUCAAUUAAUAAGUGUAUCUAAUAACCUCUGGGUAAAAAUAGUUCUUUUUAAGAUCCCAAAGUGCGUAGACUGUCAACUUCAGAGAGAUCUGUGGGCUGGCCUUGCAAAUCUAGGCCACUCCUGACCUUAUAUAUAAGAAUAUAUAAAUAUCGAGGGAUGCCAAAAUAUCGCUUCAUCUUCAAGUGAAGAGAAAGAUUUCUUCGCAGAGGAAAAGAUAGACACCCGACGUUUAACGUAACUUCUUCUGAUCUAAAUCACAUUCCGGCAUCAAAUGGAGACGAGAAAAGAAAGUUCACUACAACAGGUGGACCUAAACCAAAUCAGUGAGGAUUCAAUAUCACCUAUAAUGGAUUUAGAGGACGCACUGACGGAAUGCUCCACUGCCCUCAACCUUUUUCUGAACAACAGGUUUUCUGAUUCUCUGGCUCUCUUAAAACCCCGGAAAAGUCAGAGCAUGUACCACGCAAUGGGCUACAGCAGCAUCUUGGUGAUGCAGGCAGGCAUGACCUUUGAACCUAAGGACAUGGAUGCUGCCAUGGCGUCACUGGGUGAAUCCUUGCAGACUUGCCAAAGAUUUCGGAAGAAAACUGGAAUAAUGGAGACUUUAACCAGCCUAUGGAAUAGGCAACCAGCUGACAACCUGACAGAAGAGGAGAUGCAUGCAGAGCUUUGCUAUGCGGAAGUUCUGCUGCAGAAAGCAGCUCUCACAUUCCUGGAUGAGACUAUAAUCGGCUUCAUCAAAGGAGGGAUGAGAAUCCGAAACAGUUAUCAGAUUUUCAAGGAUUGCCAGGCCUUGGCCAAUGUCGCUACAGAUAUGGAAAAACAGAAGAGCAAUUACAGACAUUUUAGGGGCGGUGUCAGCAUGGGCAUUGGAUCAUUUAAUCUGAUGCUGUCUCUGCUCCCAUCCAAAGUCCUCAGACUGAUGGAGUUUUUGGGCUUCUCAGGAGACCGGGAAGUGGGUUUGUCAGAGUUGAGGGAAGGAGCAGCCGGUAACAGCCUGCGCUCCAUCCUCAGCACCCUGACGCUGCUGAUGUUUCAUCUCUACAUUACUGUGAUUCUGGGUACUGGUGAAGCAAACCUUACCGAGGCUGAAGCUCUGCUGGAGCCCUACAUCGAAAAGUUCCCCAAUGGAGCUCUCAUUCUUUUCUACGUUGCAAGAAUUGCUUUGCUCAAAGGAAACUUCACUUUUGCCCAGGAUAAGUUCUUGGCGUGUAUCGCAGCACAGUCAGAGUGGCGUCAGAUUCACCACCUGUGUUACUGGGAGCUGAUGUGGGCCUACUCGUUUGAACAAAACUGGAGGGAGGCGUAUCGAUACGCUGACCUGCUCUGCAAAGAGAGCAAGUGGUCCAAGGCCACCUAUAUGUUCCAGAAAGCCGCCAUCUUGAGCAUGCUACCAGAGGAAGAAGUGACUGAACUGGGAGAAAAUGUGGGAGAGAUAUUCAGGCAGGUGGAGGGUUUCAGACUGAGGAUCGCUGGAAAGUCAAUUCCAACAGAGAAGUUUGCAGCGAGCAAGGCACUGCGAUACUCCUCUUCUACCCCUGCGAAACUAGUCGUACCUGCUUUGGAAAUGAUGUACGUGUGGAAUGGUUUCACAGUGGUUGGCAAAAGACCAGAGUUGACUAAAAGCAUCUUGACCACCUUAGAGAAAGCAGAGGAGCAGCUCAGAGACGAUCCAAACCCAUCAGUGUAUCACCUGGAUGACCAAUGUGUAGUUCAGCUGCUGAAGGGCCUGUGUCUAAGACAGCUGGGGCAUCUGGUCCAGGCUGAGCUCUGCUUCAACCAUGUCAUUUCCAGUGAAAAUGAUAUCAAGCACGACAACUACCUGGUGCCAUUUACCAUAUAUGAGCUCGGCCUGUUGCACAAGCAGAAAGGUGACAUCAACAAAGCCAUCGAUUUGAUGGAAAACAUCAAGAUGAACUACAAAGACUACAGCAUGGAGUCGAGGCUACACUUCCGCAUCCACGCAGCACUCAACACCAUGGGCUCUUUUGCAGCCAAACUUCCCCCUUCACGCAAGCCGGCUUAAGAGACUUCACGGCAGGAAGUUCAACAAAAAAACAUAAACCAACAAACCUAACACAAACUCUCAACCCUGUGUGCUUCCCUCAGCUCUGCGCCUCAAAAUCCUCUACAUGGGCAGUUUUCUGUCAGCUCCUUGAUAAUGUUACUGUGUACAUCCAAACUUACAGUUAUAACCCUGAGCAGUUAUUAUCUGUAUUAUUUGAUCUAGAGCAAGAACAGUCUGCUGGCAGCUUGUGUGAUUGGCUUAAGGAUGAUUUGGUUAUUUUCAAUGAACUGCCCUACAGCUUGUCAGAUCUAGGGCUGUGUAAGGAAUGAAAAAAAA